AUGGCGGACGACGCCGGUGGUAGAGGAGGUUUUCGCGGUGGUUUCGGCACUGGGGGCCGUGGACGCGGCCGUGGCCGUGGUAGGGGCCGCGGGAGAGGCCGCGGAGCCAGGGGCGGAAAGUCCGAUGACAAGGAGUGGGUACCAGUGACCAAGCUUGGUCGUCUUGUGAAGGACAUGAAGAUCAAGUCUCUGGAGGAGAUCUACCUUUACUCCCUCCCCAUCAAGGAGUCUGAGAUCAUUGACUUCUUCCUGGGGUCCUCGCUGAAGGAUGAGGUGCUGAAGAUUAUGCCUGUCCAGAAACAGACUAGGGCUGGUCAGCGUACCAGAUUCAAGGCCUUUGUUGCCAUCGGCGACUACAAUGGCCAUGUGGGCCUGGGGGUGAAGUGUUCCAAAGAGGUGGCCACCGCCAUCCGUGGCGCCAUCAUCCUGGCCAAGCUGUCCAUCGUCCCUGUGAGGAGGGGCUACUGGGGUAACAAGAUCGGCAAGCCCCACACCGUGCCCUGCAAGGUGACUGGCCGCUGCGGCUCUGUCCUGGUGCGUCUGAUCCCGGCACCCCGCGGUACUGGUAUCGUGUCUGCCCCUGUGCCCAAGAAGCUGCUUAUGAUGGCGGGUAUCGACGAUUGCUACACCUCUGCUAGGGGGUGUACCGCCACCCUGGGCAACUUCGCCAAGGCCACCUUUGAUGCCAUCUCCAAGACCUACAGCUACCUGACCCCUGACCUCUGGAAGGAGACUGUGUUCACAAAGUCUCCAUACCAGGAGUUCACUGACCACUUGGCCAAGACCCAUACCAGAGUGUCCAUGCAGAGGAGCCAGGCCGCUGUCGCAGCCACCUCAUAAAUGCAUUUUUCUACCAAGGGUUCAAUAAAAGUUCCUGAAACUUUAACCU